UGGCAGGGGAGACACCAUGAUCACGAAGGUGGUUUUCCCAGGGUGAGGCUCAUCCAUUGCACUCCGGGUGUGCUGACCCCUGCGAUUUCCCCAAAUGCGGGAAACUCGACUGCAUAAUUUGUGGUAGUGGGGGACUGCGUUCGCGCUUUCCCCUGAUUUGCUGGUUCAAAAGACAGAAGAAGCUACCUGCUUGUUUUCAUUGUUUGCUGUCAUUUAGCUAACAUUGAUUCUUUUUUUGAAUAGUUGCAUCUCUGCUUUGGGUUGUCUUGUUCCUCUCACAGAUAUAGUUGAAGAGUCAGAACUGCUAUAUGUUGAUGUCAGAACAGGAAUUCUGCACACUUAUAUAUAGUCUUAUAGAUAUGGAUGAGUGUUGUUUAUUUUGGGCACCUACUCAGAACCUCCGUGAUUUUAAGCAUGAAUGAGGCUUAUUUUCAGCCCCUGAGCUGUUUGCCUUGCUGUCCUGAAAUGGCAGGAUUGAGCCUUCUGUGAGAAGCUCUUGUAGUAAGAGAGAAGGCAUAGGGAAGAGAUCCUGGCUCGGAACAGAGCAGAAGAGGGGCCAUGUGCAACCUCGCUCCCUAGCAGUAAGUAAAGUCAGGUUGCCAGUGGGCCGGACGCCCCCCUCUCCCCCCCCCGGCCAUUUUUAACCCAAAUUCGAGCUUUUCUAUGUAGGUGAUGUCUAAUCUAGAGACUAGUGAGGACCAUUAACCAGAGGGAACUGCUUGCCUUCAGAAAUCGUGGGUGCUCCAUCACUGGAGGUUUUUAAGAAGAGACUGGACAGUCACUUGUCUGAGAUGGUACAGAGUUUCCUGCUUGAGCAGGGGGCUGGACUAGAAGACCUCCAAGGUCUCUUCCAGCUCUAUUCUAUUCUAGGCUAUUUUAAAAGCCUGCUGCUGCCCAAGUAACCCCCAUCUAGGAAGUAAAUGGGUAGCGCGGACUCUAAUUUUCUCUGCUUACGCAUUCUUGCCCUUUGCAUCACGUUGCUUACCCCGAAAGGGAAUUGUGCGAUAGAUGAUGCGUAUCUGUGUAGCCACGUAACCGAUUUAUGAAUGGGCGACCUUGACUCAGGACGCUCUCCCUUCCUGGCGAUCUGCUCGAAAGACUGGAACAGAACCUCCUUCCCCGGGCGGGCAACCCGGGCUAGCCGUCUCGUGGACCCUCUGCAGCCCGUUCGUAGGAGGGAGGUAGACGGAGGUCCGUUGAGCGGAGGGAGGCCGAAGCCGGCAAGAUCUCCGCGAAGGGAUCUCGGGAGGGGCGCUUUGGGUAAGGAGACCCGGGAUUUCCAGGCGGAGAAGCGGCUCCUCUUUGCGCCGAUCCUGAAGGUUCCCGGAACAGCAGGGAGAGAUGGCUGCUAUGGCAGGAAAAGAAAGCGAAACUCAACUGUGCAACAAUUGCCAAAAAGACAUCCCUCUGGCAAACUACACCAUCCAUGAGAUUCACUGUAGCCGGAAUAUCGGGAUCUGCCCCAUCUGCAAAGAGUCCUUCCCGAAGGCGGAAAUGAGGACUCAUCGGGAGCAAGAGCACGCACAGAUUAUCUGCAAAUGCAGCAUGAGAAUGGACAGAGGUCUCUUACAGGAUCAUGUAGCUUUGGAGUGUCCCUUGCGGCCUGUUGCAUGUCAGCACUGUGACAUUGAGCUCGCUUUCUGCAAGCUCCAGGACCACGAAGAUUAUUGCGGUGCCCGGACCGAGCGAUGCGGCAGAUGCAACCGCAACAUAAUGCUGCGAGAACUGAAAACGCAUCCCGUCGACUGUUGGAAGAAGGCCGGGGGAGAGCCAGGCGUCCAGGUGCAGCCUUGCUUCAACUCCGAGGCCCCUUUGCGAAACAUUCAGACCAUCAGCGACUACCUCCUGAGGCCAGAUUCCACUGGAGAGUCGCCACUGAGGGGCAACAGGUUCCUGGAGAGCCAGCGGCACAGUUGGGUCUCGGGCAAUCAGCUGCCCAGGGAAUCCAGUUGGAGAAAUCGAGGCCCAUCCCGGCCAGAUCAGAAUCGAGCUCCUUUGGAGAAGAGAGCCACCCCGCUGCCUGCGGAUGGAGAGUCGGACUACAACUUCGAUUACCUGCUGGCGCUCAGCUUGCAGCACGAGAAUAGCUUGGUUCAGCCCAAUGUGGCAGAGGCCCACAGAGAACUCUGGAAGAACAUCUGUCCCCCCCAGACCGGCCCAGCUGAUCACAGUAGCCAAGCAAAGAACUCCAGUGGCCUCUCUCAGGAUUCGCUGGUGGCAGCUGACAUUCUGGACAGGCCCAAAACGGAGACCCGGCUGCCUUGCGAAUUCUGUGAGGAGCUGUACCCUGAGGAAGACCUGAUCCUUCACCAGACGGGCUGCAACCCAGCAAGUGCCUUGGCCUCCUUCAGCAAGAGGAGCAACCUGGUCCCGCCGACAGACUGUCUCAGCAGCCUGUGGGGAGAGCUGCCCGGCAGUCGUUCGAGGGGCAGCGGAGAGAGCUUCCCUUUCCAGCCUGGCAUCCAGGACAGCCUUCUGCUCCCUUGCGAGUUCUGUGGAGUCCAGCUGGAGGAAGAGAUCCUGUUCCACCACCAGGACCAGUGUGAUUUGCGCCCAGCAACCGCCCCCUCAAGCGGAAGAACGCCUGCGCAGUCGGAGGCUCCAGUUGUGGAAAGCUCUGUGGGAACCGAGUCUCCAGAUCUCCCCAGAAGGCGCAUCCGGCACCAAGGUGAGCUCUCGUCUCAGUACCUGGAGCAGCUCAAGCAGAAGAAGCCUUGUCCGCCUGCUCACGGGAGUCACUCCCAGGUGCCUGCCAGGCGCACCCAGCUGGCCGCUCCCAACAACCGGAGGGAGGAUCCGGUGGCUCUUUCCAAGGGAAGGAAGCCCAGGAAUCUGGGAGAUGGCGAAGGGAGGACCCCCCCAGGCCAAGGGCCGAGUGACCCAGUGGCCACCCCUCUGCCUGCCAGAUACUCCUCCCCGGACUUCCUUCCCAGCAGCUACGUUCCGAGCUUCUCGACGGCGGUUCCGACUCGCCCAAGUAUAAGACAGGAAGGAGGACAAAGUCCUGCAGGUCCGCCCCACUUCAAUAACUCCAAGGUAAGGGCUGCACUUGGCCGAUGGCCUCUUGGGCAAGGUUUUAAAAGCCAAAUUCUGCAAUAAAAGGUGAGCCUUUUGCAAAAUCUGAAUCAACCUUCCUCUCAAUGAAACAUCCCGUAUCCAGAAAAGUCUGCGCUUAGGUAAUACGCCCUCUGUCUCAACCACGGCCCCGUUUACACUUGAUGUCAACCCUUCUUGCUGUCUGUGAUUUUCCUCAGCUGCGUACUUGGAGGUGCCUUUCUCUGUCGGUCAACUUAAACUCUUCCUCUCUGAAUCACGAGGUGAAGAAAUCCAGGGUCUUGUCUCCAGGAAUCCUCCUCAGCCCUCCGAGGGCUUUGAAGGGCUCCUGUCCUGCCUCCAGGUCUCGCAGGGGCAGGAGACGAGAGAGUCGCUUUCUUUCCCCGAAACGUCCGAUUCCGGCCCGGCCUCUCCCCUUCCUGAGCAGAGCCUCUGGCUUUCCUCCCUGCAGGCAAGACCGCGGCAAGUGAAGUCGGCCGAUCCCGACAGCGAAUGAGGGGGAAGCGUUCGGGGCCACCUUCUCUUGCCUCCCUUCUGGCACAAGGACUCGGUUUCGUGACGCGAUUCCCACAGGAGCUGCGGGGCUGGCAGUCCACCCUUCAGCUCACAGACGUGGCUGCAGCAGGAGGACCCCAUGGUUGCUUUGUCAGUUGUGCAAUGUUUUGAUGCUGGUCGAGGGGGGGGGCCUCGGCCCCACUGCUUUCUGCUUGAGACCCGAAUCACUUCAGGGCCCUCGGGGGGGGGGCUCAGACCCUUCCUCUUUUUCAAGUGUAGAGAAACCCCCACCCACCCCCCCUUCCCAAAUGCCUAAGGAAUAAAAAGGCUAGCAAUCGCCGAGUUUGGUACCUUUGCUGCUAGGAGUUUUUCCUCUCUGCCCUCAGCUGCCUCUUUCUUCUCCCUCCCAGUCCAGUUUUUCAGUCAACGUGAAAAGAGGGAAAUCUCCCCCUCCGGGGGGGGGGGCUCCUCUUGCGGUUCAGACGCACGGCCUUAAAAGCUGAAACUGGCGCUCUGAGUGCGAGGAGCCGGAGGGGAGGGGUGUUUGUGUGUGUGUGGAGACUUUUGAAUUUCUUAUAAUAAAGUUUGUAUCUAUUAGUCAAACCUC